AGGCCGAGAGUUGUCGGAUGGUAACACGGACGGGAGUAUGGUUUGGAGCGCGAUUGCGUGUGGGUUCACGUAGAGGAUCGUCUGUUGGCAACAUCGCUUUGUAGCUGGUUAUCCUGCUGCUGCCUGCUGAGUGACGCGCCGCCAGUGUGCUCCUAUAUUCAGCGUAACAUCGGAGAGCGACCGAAAUGACCUCACCACACAUAAUUAAAGAAUUAAUUCUGACAGAAGUACUGCUGCCAUUUUGUGCGCUGUGAUCGGUGUGUUGUGUGUUUUUAUUCAAUUCAAAAGUGAUGUAGAAGGCCAUGGCAGAGCAGCGAGAGGCACCCGAGAGACUGCUGGAGCAGCAGAUCCUGCAGCUCAAGAAGCAGCACCAGUUGCAGCACCAGAUACUUUUGCAGCACUUCCAACAGCAGCAGCAGCAUCUGGCCGAACAGCACGAGCAGCAGCUUCGGCAGCAUCUGAAAGAGUUCUGGGACCAGCAGAAGCAGCUGCAGGACAUCAGGCAGCGAGAGCAACUGGAGGCGCUAAGAAAGAAGGAGAAGCACGAGGAGAGCGCUAUCGCGUCCACCGAAGUAAAGCAGAAACUGCAGUCUUUCCUGCGGCAGAGAGCUUCGGGAUGUUCCAAAACAAAUCUCAAUCAGAAUCAGGAAAAUUCCUGGUCUGAAGGUAUGGACACAAGUUCAGAUCAAUCUCACGCCAACGACUUUCCAUUAAGGAAAACAGCGUCCGAGCCAAAUCUCUUAAAAGUACGAUUGAAACAGCGAGUAAUGGAGCGUCGCUCUAGUCCAAUGAGUAAACGUCACCUGCCUCCAAGUUUGAAGAAGAAAAUUUUGUCAUGUCAGCCGCCGAGUGAAUCACCCCCACAAGAACCUCCUAAAGAGUUGAGUCCUCCUUGUGAAUCUGAUGAAUAUCAGAGACACGCUUUGUUCAGUAGUCCAUCGAUGCCUAACAUUUCGUUGGCGGCUCACCACCUUUCCACUACCGAAGUAUCGGAAGCGGCCAUGAGGGCAGCAUGCACGGCCCGGUUAGGAAUGUCGUUAACUGGACAGAUGCUGCCGGGCUCGUUGCCAUUCUACCCAUCAUUGCCGGCCAUCGAAAGUGAACAUGAAGAAGCAUCGACAUUGGAUACUAUCAGCGAACUGCAAGAACCAACACCCCGCGGUGUUAUUAGGCCUUUGGGUAGGACGCAAUCUAGUCCGUUACCAUUGAGGCAUCCGCUGCUCGAUGGAAAUCAUAAACCCGCCCAACAACCUGCGCCACCUCUGCCCGAGGAACAGGAACAACGUGAUAUGGAACUUAGAACCAACGAAUCAAGAAGUAUUCGUCCUUUAUCGAGGGCUUCUAGUAGUCCGGUGGUACAUUUGGCAGCUGCAGCUCUGCUGCAAAGACGCCGAGCUUCCUCAACGCCAACAACGGGCUUGGCCUUUGACAACCAAAUGCUCAAACACGCUUGUGUGUGUGGUAACAAUUCUCAGCAUCCAGAACACGCCGGUCGACUCCAGAGCAUAUGGGCGAGGUUAUUGGAAACAGGAUUGGUACACCGGUGCGACAGGAUUCGGCCUAGGAGGGCGUCGACGCAAGAACUUCAGACGUGUCAUUCGGAAGCUCAUACCUUGCUGUACGGCACAAGUUCGUUGAAUAGGCACAAAAUUGAUAUGAGCAAAAUGAGUGCACUUCCUGUGCCGGCUUUCGUGCGGUUAACGUGUGGUGGCAUUGGAGUGGAUUCCGAUACGACAUGGAGCGAGUUGUAUACGGCACCAGCAGCUCGUAUGGCAGUGGGAUGCACCGUGGAUUUGGCUUUCAGGACUUGGACCGGAGAUAUACGCAACGGAUUUGCAAUUGUAAGACCGCCUGGUCAUCACGCUGAACCUCAACAGGCAAUGGGUUUCUGCUUCUUCAAUUCUGUCGCUAUUGCUGCGAGAUUGUUGCAGAAAGAACAUCGCGUUCAUAAAAUACUCAUCUUCGAUUGGGACGUGCACCAUGGAAAUGGAACUCAGGAUAUAUUUUACGAUGACCCAAGAGUAUUGGUAAUUUCAAUGCACAGACACGAUGACGGCAACUUCUUUCCAGGAACGGGCAAUCCCGUCGAAUGCGGAUCGGGAGCGGGUAUCGGUUUUAAUGUGAAUGUGGCGUGGUCGGGCGGUUUGAAUCCGCCGUUAGGGGACUCCGAGUAUUUGGCCGCUUUCCGGAGUGUUGUGAUGCCAAUUGCAAGGGAAUUUUCUCCGGACAUUGUACUUGUUUCUGCUGGAUUCGAUGCUGCUGAUGGACAUGCACCACCAUUAGGCGGUUAUCGAGUUUCACCUGCUUGUUUUGGAUAUAUGACACGUCAGUUGAUGCAGUUAGCACGUGGACGAGUGGUGCUCGCCUUGGAGGGUGGCUACGACUUGCCUUCAAUAUGUGAUUCGGCGGAGGAAUGUGUUCGAGUGUUGUUGGGCGAUCCUCCGUCUUCUAUGCAGCCUGCCGAACUUGCUCGUGCACCCUGCCAGAACGCUGUUAUUGCCCUACAAAAUGUUAUAGCGAUUCAAUCUAGGCAUUGGCCUUGCCUUCACGAAGGGGCUAAGGGAGUGAUAUGCUCCCACAACGACGUAGUUAGAAAUGAGAAGGAUGACAAAGACACUGUUUCGGCGAUGGCCUCGUUGUCAAUGCAACAGUCGCUUGGGUAUCCAAGUCCGGACGCUGCAAGACCUAGCUAAUAAACAUCUCCCUUCUCAUAUUCUCACUGGCUAAAUUGUACAUUCCGGCAUUUGCUCAACGCGAAUGUCCUUUAAAUUUUAAGAUCAAAUUAUUAUGUGUGUUUUAUUUUUGUUAAUAUAUUGAAGUUUUUAAAUAAAUGAAAACAAUUUAUUUACUUUUACUGUCCGAUUUUCAACGAGGAGAAUGGUAAAACAUGA